CACUUGCUCAGUCUCGACAACAUCACCAUUCUCCUCCUCAAAUUUUCUCUCUCCUCACCUCACUCAACCAAAGUCCACUCCUCUCCACUAUUCACUAACCUCUAAACCUCCAUCAAUGGCGACCGAAUCAUCACCACAAUUUCAAAACCCUAAUUCUCAACCCCAAACCAAUUCCGAUUCCCUAAUCCUCUUUUCCGGACCUUCCUCUUUCCAAUUCCAACCUUCUUCACCUCCUCCGUCACCGACGCCGGAGAAUCCUUCGCCGGAUAUUCCGCCGAAAACGUCGUCGUUCGGAAUAUUCUCAUUCCAGAAGCGUCCUCCGGUGAGAGUAACGACGGAGUACGACAGCGACAGUUCGGUUUUCUUCCACAAAGUGUCGUCGAAGUUCUUCAAUGGCCUCGCUAAGCUCAAGUUCACUUUCCAGAAUAAUGGAAGAGGAGAAAUCGCUGAGCCGCAGCUCGUUCUCGUUACGAAGCAUCUUGCUGUUCACUAUGAUGUUGAGGAACAUAAUGCUUUGGUUAAAGGCUUUCUUGAUGUUGGUCCUAAUCUCACGCUUAAAGCAUCUCAUGAUGUUAAGGCACAACAGGGAGAAGUUACAUUGGCAGCAAAUCUUUCUGAUCCAGGAUACAAAUUUGAAUUGGCAUCUACUGUUCCUUCUAUUGGUUUGCCAAAGGCAACUUUUAGAUUUCCUUGUGGUGAAGUUUCAUUAGAGGAGAAAGAGGAUGAAGAAGUGAAGAGAGUUUUAUCAGUGAACGGUAUUGUGAAAGGUUCAAUUCUUAAUGGGGUUUGCACUGCUUUGUACAAAGAUGAAAAUUUGAACCUAAGAUACUCUUAUAAGGAUGAUGAAAUGUCAUUUAUUCCAAGCAUUUCUUUGCCUUCAAAUGCUGUUUCAUUUGCUUUCAAGCGACGGUUCAGCCCUUCUGACAAAUUAAGUUACUGGUACAACCUUGAUACAAACUAUUGGAGUACUGUGUACAAGCAUACCGCUGGCAAGGAUUAUAAGUUCAAAGCUGGGUAUGAUUCCGAGGUCAGACUUGGCUGGGCGUCACUUUGGGUUGGAGAUGAAGGUGGAAAAGCUAAAACUGCACCAAUGAAAAUGAAAGUGCAGUUCAUGCUUCAAGUGCCCCAGGACGACAUAAAAUCUUCGGCAUUGAUGUUUCGGGUGAAGAAGAGGUGGGAUAUAUGACCUAGUUUGCACUGAAUUUUUUUUUUCUCCUUUUCUUUUUCCCUGUUUUCUUACCAGCUCCAAAAAUGGAUUUAGAGAACUUGUUAAUCAGUAGGCAUUUUUUAUUUUGCAAAUACAACUCUUUUGUAAUUCUUGAUAAUGAACAUUGUCACUUGUAAAAUGUAAUAUAUGGAAUAUUUGAAACGUCUAGGUACAUAAUUGGGGUUUUAUAUGACUUCUAAUAGUGCGAGAUGAAUUGGACACAAUGCAGACUUUGGAUAUAUCAUAUACAUGUGUGCUGUGACCUCU